CCACGGUGAAACUAGUGGCUAUUAAACUUGCCAUCUUCCAGCACAAGUGACGUCGCUUUGACAUGUAAUUCGAUAAAAAUGCUAACGUGGACAAAUAUUUAAAGGUUUGGGUCGCCUAAACGUUGGUGAUACUUGGCGUAGAGGGUCGGUAGAAGUGCGCGAGAGAAGGGAAAACAGGAUGGACACCCCGAGCCCAGCAGGAGCGAGGCAGCCCUCAGCACCGUCAGCGCCUUCAGGAGCACAGCUGAUCGAGCGCUCCUCCAGCUGCGAGGGGGACACGCAGCACUAUGGGCCUCAGACAGCUACGAAACCCCAGCCGCAGCACACGAGGGCGUACCAGCAAAACCACCUGCCAGUCGCCCAGAACAUCAAUUUGCAAUGGAAAUCGUCUGAGGAUAUAUUCAUGUCGAGCUCAGGAAGCACGAUAUUGAGUCAGCCAAUAAAUGAAGAAGAUGGAGAGCCAGUAUGUUACACUAAAUCUGGCAGCUCCCAUCGCUUGGUGACCUCAGUGUCCGCAUACCCCUUGUCCAACACCAACACCGUUUCCACUGGCAUAAGCAAUUCAACAUCUGCUGCUGCUUCUACCUCCACCAUAUCUUCCACAUCUUCCUCCUCAUCAGCCUCCACAAAUGCCUUCUCCCACAUGAAUUCUCUCCAGUCCCCUCCCACGUCCAGUCAGACUCCUGCGGGUUGCCACACCAAUGCCAAUGCCAACCUCCCUUACGCUGUCAGUAACAGCUCCGAGAUGCCAGUGUCCAACAUCAUCAGCACUUCCACACCAAUUGGAGACGUAAACAAUGCCCAGUGUAACUCCAUUGGUGGCAUAACUCCUCUUGACCUGUCCACCAUACCCCCAAUAACACACGUCACUCUGCCCACACCCACUGAAAAUGGCGAGGGUAGAUUCAGCCAUAGUCCCACACCAAGCCCAAAACCAAGUCCUACUCUCCUGCCACGGCAACCUUCCUGUGAUAGCAGUGAUGACCGAACAAACAGAAACGAAAACUCAGGAUAUAUAUCUCGAGAGGGUAGUAUGGAGCGGUCAUAUGUGGAUACUUCGAUCGACCACCAGCCCUUGGACAAGACAGUUCCACAUGACUCAGUGAGCCGAUCAUCAGAGUCUAGUCGGUCUGUAGAGGCACCUCGGACCCCAGAGAUUAGCCACAGUAUUAAUGGUCUCGCAGUCAAAGAAAGAAAAGAGUCCCGAGAUUCUAAAUCUAGUGAUAAGAAGAGCAAUAAGGCAUGGUACAAGAUGCUGAAUCCAACGUACAAGAGCAGAUCAGAGGACUUGAAAAGAUUAUUUAAGGACCUGCCAUCAGAUGAACGACUUAUCGUGGAUUAUUCUUGUGCAUUGCAGAAAGACAUUUUAGUCCAUGGCCGCCUCUAUGUUACACCAAACUACUUCAGUUUCUACUCAAAGAUAUUUGGGUGGGAGACAUUUGUAUCAAUUCGCUGCAAGGACAUCAUAGCGAUGACAAAAGAGAAGACAGCUCUUGUGAUUCCAAAUGCCAUUGAAAUCCGAACCGAGGGAGAGAAGCACUUCCUUACAUCGUUUGCUUCCAGAGAUAAAACAUACUUAAUGCUCUUUAGAAUUUGGCAAAAUGCUUUAAUGGACCAGCAAAUGAGUGCAACUGAACUGUGGCAGUGGGUUCACUCUAGCUAUGGUGAUGAACUGGGCCUUACCAGUGAUGACGAUGACUAUGUAGCCCCAUCUACUGAAGACGAUGCAAAGACCAACACUAGCAACAUGCAUAGUGAUCGUGCAUGUGAUUCUUCAAGUAUAAACACAAACCUCAAGCUCUACACAGGCGAUUCCAUGGAAGAUGCUUGCCCUGCAGAUCAGAGUCUGGAGGAGAGCCAAGUACCCCCAGUGCCGAAAGGCGGUGAAUCUGAGACGUCGGAGCAGGUCUCCUCGCACAAGCCUCAGCCGCCCAAGAGUUCGUCCCCAACCAAGUCGCCGCAUCACUCCACGCAUAAUUCCUCCCCGCAGCCCAACGAUGGGAUCCCCACAGACAUGUCGGAUACCACGGAGACGGAGCCGGACAGCAAGGUUACAUGUUUAUCUUCAGAGUGUGUGGUUUGCCCCAACCUGACCACGCACCACCAGGGUCGUGAGAUCAUCAACACUGUUUUUGCACUGCCUGUGGAUACAGUGUUUACAUUACUCUUUACCAAUUCCAAGUUUAUGCUAGAUCUUUAUACAGCUCGGAAAACCACUGAUGUUGUUGCCAGUCCAUGGCAAAGCAACCAUGAAACCAAUCAGAAACUCCGGCAGGUGACCUAUACCUUAACACUCCCUCCAAACAGCUUUGGCCCAAAAGUUUCACAUGUAACAGAAACACAGGUUUUGUCACCAUUCAGUAAACCAGGAGAAAUAUAUACAGUUGAUGCAGAAGCCUGUAAUGCAGGAAUCCCAUAUGCUGACUCUUUCUUUGUGUCAAAUCACUGGUGUCUAACACGUGAAUCUGCCACUGAAACAAGACUAAGUGUUUGGUCUCAAGUUAAAUAUAAGAAGAAUGUUUGGGGUUUCAUGAAAGGUGUGAUUGACAAGAAUUCAUUUUGUGGUGUGGAAUCAUUACUAAAUGACAUAAAUGCUGCACUCCUUGCUGAGGUUGACAGUGCCAAUCUGAAGAGGACACGGCGAAGAAGACGGCGCGUAGGAAGCAAGGGAGAACCUCCAGAUGUCCUCAUUCCAUCAACAGCUGAUAAGGUCAAAGACAUUCAUAAAUCAACACAGAUCCCAGCAAGAAAGCUUACUUUGCCAACUGUUACAACUGAGAACAAUAAUUCCUCCAAUGAAGGUCCUGUAAGACUUGUUGUAGCAACACUGGUCAUUCUCUUAACCCUGAAUGCCCUGCUGUACUACAAACUUUGGGCAUUGGAGGAAAAGAUGUUUGUACAUACCACACCAUUCCCAGCUCUUGAUCCAAGCAUGUUCAGACCUGGGACAGGAAGUGGAGCCCUGGAAGAAUGGGUACGAAUAUUGCAACAACAAGAAGCUCUGCAUGCGGCAGAAGUAGAACGAUGGAGGAAAUCCAUAGAGGAAGCAGCAGGAUUCCUCAGAAAAGCAGAGGAGUCUCUCCGCACGCUCCACACCUCCAUCCCUCCGCACCACGCCAGCAAAAUCCAGCUCCUCCUGAGACAGCUACAAAACCUUCAUAACUCUGAGAGCCAGCGGAGAUCAUCCGCAGAGUCUGUUCAGUGGGGCCAAGAGGGAAGCCCAGGAGACCCAUCCAAGGGACCAGACGUUGGGGACCAGGCGAACAGUGGGGAAGAGAGAACUGUGCAUGUGAGUGAGAAUCAUCAGGAUCUGUGAAGGUGCAGUGGGGUGACCAACCAAUUCCCUAACAAGAGAAAGAUCUCUGAGGACCUGAAAAAGCACUAGGAAAGGAAAAAUAAAAAAGGAUAGAAAAGAAAAAAAUGAACAACUUUGUGGGUGGAGCUCAUUGCCUGUUAGGGAAAAGUAAUUCCUGAAGCAAAUGUUGCAAUGAGGUUGCUAUCACUGUCAUAUAAAUAUACCAAAGGUCAUGAUUAACCUCUGUAGGAGGUCAAUUCAUGAAAGGAUUGCAAAGAUGUCUCUUUAGUAUGAGAAAUACAUUUUUUUCUUUCCAUUUAUCCUAAUUUUCCUGGUUAUUAUUAUUUUGACGAAAGUAGCAAUGAGCAUGGAAUGGGUGUCAGAAGUUAGUUAUAUUUUUGAUAUAUAUUUGGAAUUCAUUCACAUGCUUCAGGUUUCAGUAUUUCCUUCAUAUAUUUUAAUGAAUGCAUCAGUUUUAUUUUUUGAAAUGUGAAUGUGGACCAAAUGUGUAUGCACUUGUGGUUGUGGAGAGUUUAUUUUUUUCAUUCCAACAAAUAAUAAAAGAACAAGACGUGCUGCACAAUUACGCAAGUUUAGUGAACAUUUGUCGAGUCCAAUGUGUGUGCAUUAUUAAGUGAAAGAGGGGAGGAAAAAGGGUAUAUGUAUGAUGUUGCUGAAACGAGGAGAUGUGAUUAUCCUAGAUGAUUUUGAUGUAGCACAGAGAUCCAUGUGAUUUAAGGAAAUAAGGCUUUAUCAAAGUUACUACUUUUAUUUUGUUUCACGUUCAUUUUCACUCAUGUUAAACUACUGCAUAUUCAUAUUGCUUGAUACAUACAUAUAUACACAUGUAUUAUAUAUAAUAUACAGAAGUGUGUACUGUACAUAUAUAUGUAUAUAUACAUGUGUGUGUAUUUAUCACAUCAGGAUCCUAACGUGUAUGUGUGUAAAGGUGUAAGUGAAAUUCAGUGUGUGUGUGUGUUAGUUUGUAUGAAUGUUCAUGCAUGUGUUUGCAUGUUCAUAUGUGAUCCUUCUUUUACUAUUAGUAUUUUCAUAAUUCUGAUGUGAUUUUCCCCUUUAUUUUUUCUAAAGCAGUUAUAUUGUAUACAGAUACUACAAAUAGUUGUUUUAAAGUAUAUCAUGUAAGUUUGAGAUGAAUAAUGCAUAAAGGCUAGUCUACAGUUAUAUUCUAUAUGUUCUAGAUCUGAUGGCAUAGUCAAGUGUAACAGUGGAACAAUGAUUGUAUCUAUUUGUGUGUAACUUGUCUAUCAUUUCUAGUUGUAAUGGUAUGCUUCAUUCUUGAGUUUGUGAAUAGCAAGUUAAACACAUGAAGGACCAUAUUUGGAAGGUAGAUUUCCAAAUAAUUUUAUUUCCUAUUUAUUUUUGAAUUUUAAAUGGGAAUUUGAAAUAAAGAGAAAGUUGUCUAAAAGUAUGUUGCUAAGGGUUUCUCUCAGUGAUACAUAACAUGUGUCCCUUUAAGUCUUGCUAGAAUUGUAUUUAGUACAGGAUGUGACUGAUUUAAUUUUUUUUUAAGACUUCUACCUUUUUCUGCAUUUUAUUCACUCUAUUUUUCAUGUGCUCCUAGUGAGUACUAACAAACUUUAAUUUGUAAAAUGAAAAUUAUUCACCCUAGCAUAAUUGCACCAUUCUAUACUUGAAAUGAAGGUUCAGUAGCACUUGUUGGCUACACAAAAUGGCAAUAAAAUCUGUAAAACUGCAUUAAGAUGGGUAUGAAAGUGUCAUGCAGUGUCUGUGAUACUUCUAGGAAAUAGGUUAUGACCUUUUUAUCCAUACUUUUUUUUAUUUUUUUUUUUAGAUUUAGUUCCAAUUGAAGCCUUAUAUUUAUUAAAGAAAUUAACGAUGAUCAGUUGGUGUCGAUAAUUUUUUUUUCUCUCAUGAGAAAAAUUGGAUGUAAUAAUAUCUUUUGUAGAAUGUGUGUAUCCUGCAUAAGUGUGUUACCUGUAUGUGCAGCCAAUAAUGCAAAAUGAGAUUUUUAGUUAAGGAGUGAUAGGAUGUAACCAGGUGACACACAAUGUCACAGUUGCUCACACUCCUUAAAACAACAGUCAGAAUACUGUGGAUGCAGUGGAGUUAAAAGAAGUCUGCUGGGGCAGAGACUGUAAUUUGACAAUAUUUAAUGAAAUGCCAGUUGUAGAUUUGAUUCAGCCUUCUGUGCCCUGUUUUAUUGCACCUCAGGUAUUUUUUUCAUAUUGGUAUGCCCUGGACAUUAUGUAUUACUAUUUUGAAUAUCAAGAACAUAGUAGCAUGUGCUUACGGAAUUAUUGGCUUGUAAUUAAUUUAAACUAUUCUAGAUCUUGGAUAUACUUUAUUUGUUGUUGAAACAGUUGUGUUUUUAAUUAUAAAAGAUAAAGUCAGCACCUUAUUUUGUAACCGUUUAUUAUUUUGAAUGUAUGUGGUUCUAGUACAUGUAUGUUUGUGUGUGUGUGUGCGCCACUUUUAUGUUGGAAUUAGUAAAGCCAGUGUUUCUUGGGAACAUAAUUAUUUUUUCAGCGUUAUAUAAAGUAUUGACAUUUCCAAGAUUUUAGGCAAAGAUGUAUCAGUGGAAGAAAUUGGUCUAUGACAAGAAAAACUGAUCUUGGCUUUGAAAUUUAUGUGAUUUCACUUUCGUAAAGCAGUAGAGCACUAGCCACUUGUUACUGUAUCUUGGAAAACACAGGUAUAUGUUAGUCUUUCAUUUUAAUGGUUAUAUGUUCUGUUCCUUGGUUAGAUGAUGAUAGCAUGGAGAAGGAUAUCAUAUAGAGAGCUUACAUAACUGUAUACUAUUCAGUGAGGUAAACGAUAGCUGUGGUUAGCACUUCAUUCUGAAUGGUAUCCUAGAGGUGUUAGAAAUUUGAGCAAACCUGUUGUCAUCUCGUUAUUCAGUGUUUUGGGGACUAUUAUCCAUUUUCUUAAGAACAGAAUUUGCGUAGGAGAUGUUAACCAGAGGAAGAAAUACAUGUUAGCGUUUUGUCAUUCUUUCAUAUAGUGCAGGAGAGCUCCAACGGUCUUAAAAUUUGAGUUAAUGUGUACAGUACAGUGGAAAUGACUUCGAGUAUCUUUAACCUUGAUUUAAAAAUAUAUGAUUUUAUUCAUACUGUGUAUGAAAAUUGUGUUGAAUUGUUGAAAUCUAUAUCUAAAGUGUAAGUGUAGAAACUGUUGUUAUGUGGUUUUAAAGGACAUCUUACCGGCCAAAAUAAGUAAGUUGUAAAUGGAGCGACUCUGUACUUGUAUUUAAAUAUAUUAUCUUGUUUGCAUUUAGAGAUACAUUCAGUUUUGGCAUAUAAGUUUCCAGAGCAUGCUCAAAGCUACACAAUUAUAUAUGUAAAUAAUGCUGGAUUCCACCAGAAAAUUGGGUGGACAACCAAAAUAAACAUUCUAUAUAUGA